UUUCGUCGCGAAAGACGGACCGAUUUGUACGUGUGUAAAACAUCAAUCGUUGUGACGUGGUGAAAAUUUUCCUCUAAAAUCAGCUUCAAAAGUGGUGCAGUUUCCGGCAAAUCCGUGUUGAGUGACGGGCGGCAUCCUUACCGACACAGCAGACACCAGACCGGGAGGCAAAAGUGGUUCUUAAUAAGUUGGAUUUGAGCGGUUUUCUCCAGCAGAAUGAGCUCCUUCAAACGGGACAAAAAAGAAGAGGAGGAAGGUGGUAGCAAUCCCUUCCAGAAUCUGGAGAAGACGUCGGUGUUGCAAGAGACCCGGAUAUUCAACGAAACUCCGGUCAAUGCGAGAAAAUGCACCCACAUUCUUACCAAAAUUUUGUACUUGAUCAAUCAGGGCGAACAGUUAGGUUCUCGGGAGGCCACCGAAUGUUUCUUCGCCAUGACAAAGCUGUUUCAAUCGAAGGACGUCAUCAUGCGUCGGAUGGUCUAUCUGGGCAUCAAAGAGCUGAGUCCCAUUGCGGAGGAUGUCAUCAUUGUGACCAGCUCGUUGACCAAGGACAUGACCGGCAAGGAGGAUCUAUAUCGGGCUCCGGCCAUUCGUGCCCUGUGUAGCAUUACCGAUAACACGAUGCUGCAGGCCGUGGAGCGUUACAUGAAGCAGUGUAUCGUGGAUCGAAAUGCUCCAGUCUCGAGUGGAGCUCUGGUCAGUUCACUGCAUUUGGCUAAUACGGCCGGAGAAGUCGUCAAACGUUGGGCAAACGAAGCCCAGGAAGCUUUAAACAGCGACAACAUAAUGGUUCAGUAUCACGGAUUGGGAUUAUUGUAUCACAUUCGUAAAGCUGACCGAUUGGCCGUCACAAAACUCGUAAACAAGCUGACGAAGCAAAAUUUGAAGAGCCCGUACGCUGUUUGUUUCCUCAUACGAAUCGCAUGCAAGAUUAUUGAGGAAGAAGAUGCUGCCGGCAAUUCCAGUGCAGAAUCUCCAUUGUUCGAUUUCGUUGAGUCCUGUCUGAGAAACAAGAGCGAGAUGGUUGUCUAUGAAGCGGCUCAUGCAUUCGUCAAUUUGAAACGCACGAACCCGAGAGAACUGUCCACUGCUGUCAGUAUUCUUCAGUUGUUCUGCGGGUCUUCGAAGGCCACACUUCGCUUUGCCGCAGUUCGAACGAUGAACAAAGUUGCCAUGCUUCAUCCACCGGCUGUCAAUGUGUGUAAUCUGGAUUUGGAAGGUUUGAUUGCCGAUUCAAAUCGUUCUGUGGCCACUCUUGCCAUUACCACUCUGUUAAAAACAGGAGCCGAAAGCUCAGUAGAACGUUUGAUGAAGCAAAUUGCCACCUUCGUCGCUGAAAUUUCGGAUGAAUUCAAAGUUGUGGUUGUACAAGCCAUUCGAGCCCUGUGUUCUAAAUUCCCUCGCAAGCAUGGGGUCAUGAUGAAUUUCCUCAGUGGAAUGUUAAGAGAAGAAGGUGGCCUGGAUUACAAAACCUCCAUCGUGGAUACCAUCAUUCUGAUCAUUGAAGAGAAUCCAGAAGCCAAGGAAUCGGGUUUAUCACACCUCUGUGAGUUUAUCGAGGAUUGUGAACACACUUCUCUUGCCGUUCGCAUUCUUCAUCUGUUGGGCAAAGAAGGGCCAUUUUCAAAAUGCCCAUCUCGUUACAUCCGGUUCAUUUACAAUCGAGUGAUCCUGGAAAAUGCAACUGUUCGUGCAGCAGCUGUGGCCGCGAUUGCUCAGUUCGGUGCUUCAUGUCCGGACCUUCUCCCGAAUGUACUGGUUCUGCUUAACCGUUGCCAGAUGGACACCGACGACGAGGUUCGAGAUCGGGCCACCUAUUACCAUUCCAUUUUGACAAGUGGAAAUAUGGAUUUGAACAAAUCCUACAUCAUCGACAGCGGUAUUGUUUCGUUGCCUUUGCUUGAGAAAUCACUCAAGGAGCACUUGAACGGACCAUUGACGGAGCCGUUCGAUCUUUCGGUCGUUCCAAAAUCCCAAAUUGUGCAACCUGAAGUGACCGAUGAAGUUAUGAUCAUGAACAACGCGCUUCCCAAGGUUCCACGUAUUACUCGCGAGGAAGCGAACACCGAGAAGCUGUUACAAAUUCCUGGCAUUCACCGGUUGGGAGCGCUCCACAAAUCUUCGAUUCCGGUCCAAUUAACAGAAAGCGAAACCGAAUACACGGUGUCCUGUGUGAAACACUGCUUCGCCCAUCACGUCGUUUUCCAGUUCGAUUGCGUCAACACGCUAGCCGAUCAAUUACUCGAGAAUGUACGAGUCGAUCUGGUCUUGCCGGAAGGCUUCGUAACCCGGGCAGUUAUACCGUGCACAAAGCUACCGUACGGCGAGAAAGAAUCCACUUACGUUAUCGUUGAAUACCCACCUGAUCUGCCGAACUCAAUCGCUGCUUUCGGUGCCACCCUGCGAUUUAUCGUGAAGGAUUGCGAUCCGACGACCGGUUUGCCGGACUCGGACGAGGGCUACGACGACGAGUACAUGCUGGAGGACAUCGAAAUCACCGUCGCCGAUCAGAUACAAAAGUCCAAGAAGCAGAACUUCAACGCCGCCUGGGACAGUGCCGAUACGGAAGAAUGGGUUGAAUCCGAGGACACCUUCGUUCUGUCCACCGUCAACAGUUUACAGGAGGCGGUGAAUACCAUUCUGAAAUUCCUCGACUUUGCUCCCGCCAAUUUGUCCGAGAGGGUUGCCGACGGUGCACACACGCACACGUUGCUGUGCUCGGGUACAUUCCGUGGGGGUGUCGACGUGAUGGUUCGCGCCAAGCUUGCAGUGUCUGACGGUGUGACCAUGUGCCUCACGGUGCGAUCGACGGAUUCGGAUGUGGCCGAACUAAUCAGCUCGGCCGUCGGCUAAGGAGGCAGUCUCUGAAUAAAAAGAGAGAACGUUUAAAAAAGAGAGAAGAUUAAGAGAGGGAAUUAGCAGUUAAAGUUGACCUUAAACAAAAAAUAAAAAACAAAUAACAAGAAAAACAAUCCACACACAUUUCUCACCUAGAAACAAAACGUACAUAUACCGGCUUGAAAAUGCAAGUUUUCUUCUUCUCCUUUGAUGCCCUGCGUUCCGAACGAAUGUGGCGCCUCGUAAUGAUUAUUUGUGCAAAAUGUUGACCCUAUUUUAGGCUAUAUUUAUCAGAAAUCAUUUAAUAUUUUGUAUCGACUGGAAAAUUUAGUUUCACAGUGAUUUUCCAUCUUGUGGGUAUUCGUUUGUAACGCUAUGAUAUGAUAUAUUAUUACAUGGUAGACAUUUUAGGCAAAAUACAGAUUAUGUUGGAAGUAUAGUUUCAAAAACCGUACACACAGUAGUGAUCUUAUAAAACACUCCGACUAAUGAGAUACAUCUGAUAGCGAAGUAAAUCGAUUAAAAAUGAAGCCAGAAAUACACACACACAUUGUUAAGAUAUCUUGUUUACUAAAAUAGUUGUACCAGAAACAAACUACAAAAAAAAAAUGUGAAUGAUUGUAUUAUGCAUGUAGCAAAAAUCACACGGCAUUCUGAAUGAAGUGAACAAUAUAAAACUUUUUCUUUUAAUCCAACCAACCGACAAACAUAUUAAAGCUACAAAUAGUCACCAACAUUA